ACCAAACCUAUUCUGUAAGGCAGUUUUCAUCCUCUGCUCACAGGCCCCAGAUGGUAGCUGAGAGAUCACUUCUCAGAUAGCCGGAUCAAGCUCUCAUGCUGCUGUGGACACUGCUGGUCUUCUUUGGGCUAUUCAGUGACUGGGUGGAUGGGCUGACCCUCCUGGUGCCCUCUUCUGUCUUUGAAGGAGACAGCAUACGUCUUACAUGCCAGGAUGAAAAGGGCUGUAAAAUAAAGACAGUGAGUUACUACAAGGAUGAGAAAGAGUUAUUUCUUCCAAAUGGAGUCUCAAGCUUCCUUAUACAAAGUGCAGUUUUGAGUGACAGUGGCAAAUAUUAUUGUACUGCUACUUGUAAAGGCUUCCGUCAAAAGAAAAAAUCUUCAGAAAGAGUAAAUCUCACAGUGCAAGAUCUGUUUCCACAUCCUGUGCUGACAGUGAGCUCUUAUCAGCCCACUGAGGGAAGCCCAGUGACUCUGACCUGUGAGACCCAGCUGUCUCCACAGAGGUCAGACGUCCAGCUCCAGUUCCACUUCUUCAGAGACAGUCAGUCUCUGGGGUCGAGCUGGAGCAGCUCCCCAGAGCUCCAGAUGCCUGCCAUGUGGAGAGAAGACUCAGGGUCCUACUGGUGCCAGGCAGACACACUGAGUCACAGGAUCAGAAAACAGAGCCUUCAAUCCCAGAUUCUUGUGCAGAGAGUCCCUGUCUCUAACGUGAGCUUGGAGACCCUGGCCCCUGGCGGACAAGUGUUUGAAGGAGGGAAGCUGGUCCUGCUCUGCUCGGUAGCUGAGGGUACAGGAAACAUCUCAUUCUCCUGGCACAGAGAGUCCACAGGAACCAGUAUAGGAAAGAAGACCCAGCAUUCUUUGUCAGCAGAGCUGGAGAUCCCAGCUGUGCAGGAGAGUGAUGCUGGAGAAUAUCACUGUAGAGCUGACAAUGGUCAUGAUCCUGUCCAGAGCAAGGCGGUAAAUGUUCUUGUGAGACUUCCAGUGUCCCAUCCUGUCCUCAUAAUCAGGGCUCCCAGGACCCAGGCUGUGGUGGGGGACAUGGUGGAGCUUUACUGUGAAGUCCUGAGAGGUUCUCCCCCAAUCCUGUACCAGUUUUAUCAUGAAGACAUUACUCUGUGGAAUAUCUCAGCCCCUUCUGGAGGAGGGGCAUCCUUCAACCUCUCCCUGACUGCAGAACAUUCUGGAAACUACUCCUGUGAGGCUGACAAUGGCCUGGGGGUCCAGCACAGUGAGACAGUAAAACUCUCCAUCUCAGGACCUGAUGGAUAUAGAAAAAAUCUUGUCAUAACCAAAGUUCUUGGGGGACUCCUUGGUGUCCUUGGUUUCACUGGUGUUGCUCUGCUAUGUUACUGCUGGUCCCACAAGGUAUCAGGAGGAAGUUUUGCCAUUACUGCACCCAGAGGUGCUGCCAGCCCAAAUCCCCAAGAGUUCACCCACUCCAACUCACUUCCAGCCACGGAGGAGCUGCAGCCCAUAUAUGUCAAUGUGAUCCCUGGAGAUAUGGAUGUGGUUUAUUCCCAGAUCUGUAGCAGCCAGCCUCCCGGAGGCUCAGCAAACACCAGGACAUCUUCAGAGAAUAAGGACUUCCAAGUCAUCUACUCUUCUGUGAAGAAGGCAUAAGACUUGGCAGAAUUAGAAGGGAAUAUGGGCAGCAUGGAUAGAGCCUCACUAUGAAUUUUAUUAACCCCUAUAAAAAUGCUCAGAGCUGACCCCCUGUCACAGCAAGAAUGAGCUUCAGGGACUCCAGGCAAGCCACCUUGUGUCAUGAUUUUUUAUCCCCAUCAAUUUCUCUCCCCAAUAUUUUCUUUUAUUCAUUAAAUAUUUACUGAAAUGCUACUACAUCCCAAGCACUGUAAAAGAAAAAUAUUUCUACUCUCUUCUUUUAAAUUAUCAAUGUGAAAAGAGUUGAGGAAAGAAGAAUGAACAAGAGAGACAAGGUCUCACCUUCUACUCUGUAGUGAUAACUAUAGAAUCCAUUUAUGGACUUCUUUUUCCUUCCCAAACUAGGACUCAGGUACUCUUGCCUCCCCGGAGUGAGGCAGUUUUAUUCUCUUUUGCUUUUCUGAAAGCUUAUGACUGACUCUGGGGAAAACAGCAGCCUGGGUUAGCUUGCCAUAUUGUCCAGGCUCUUGAAUGUUUAAUUUUACAUAAAUUUAAACUAACAAAGGUGUUUAUGGGUUUUUUUGAAGUGUUCAGUGUUUUACACUGGUAUUUGUAUUAAUACCAGUAGUUUAAUGAAUGGCAAAGAAAAUAUCACAAAGGAGAGAGGUCUCCACUUCCAGAUUAUUAUCAUUAUUUUUAUCCUUGUAUUGAAUUUUCUUUCUCUUUAUGUCACAAUUAAAAUGACUGAAGAAACACAAAAAUUAGGGGAGAAAUGUAUUAUCAGCACAUGCCACAAAUAAAACAGAAAUUACUCCAAAAUACUAUGUAGGUGAAAGGAAACAAAUAAUAAAAAUGCCUACGAGUGUGCCUAAGAUAGACCUGCCUACUGGGAGCUGUGAAUGAAUUAUGGGCCUUUGAACUGCCCAGAGAUGAGACGAUGCCCUUCUGGAGAAUUCUUCCUGCAAAGGCACAUGUGGAGGUGGCCCAGUUGCUGUAGUGACACCCUGUUCAAAGGGGAAUUCCGUGUUAGUCAAGGAAUUUUAUCAGUUAAUAACCUUAGGUUCCAGUGCCUGCAUCCUGGAGGUAGAGAGUUUUGGGCACAAGCUGAUAAACCCUAAUUGGGCUGUUUCAGCCACAACUUAGAUUUUGUUUAUAUUGAAAAUUCU